GUUCUGCGGUAGAGGUGACCGGAUUCGCGGAGGCUCGUCUUGCAGGUGCUGAAACUGUUCGCGUAGUUCCUAAUCAUGUCUGAACCAAUCAGAGUUCUUGUGACUGGAGCAGCUGGUCAAAUUGCAUAUUCACUGCUGUACAGUAUUGGAAAUGGAUCUGUCUUUGGUAAAGACCAGCCUAUAAUUCUUGUGCUGUUGGAUAUCACUCCCAUGAUGGGUGUCCUAGAUGGUGUCCUAAUGGAACUGCAAGACUGUGCCCUUCCCCUCCUGAAAGAUGUCAUCGCAACAGAUAAAGAAGAUGUUGCCUUCAAAGACCUGGAUGUGGCCAUUCUUGUGGGCUCCAUGCCAAGAAGGGAUGGCAUGGAGAGGAAAGAUUUACUGAAAGCAAAUGUGAAAAUCUUCAAAUGCCAGGGUGCAGCCUUGGAGAAAUAUGCCAAGAAGUCAGUUAAGGUUAUUGUGGUGGGAAACCCAGCCAAUACCAACUGCCUGACUGCCUGCAAGUCGGCACCGUCCAUCCCCAAGGAGAACUUCAGUUGCUUGACUCGUUUGGAUCACAACCGAGCUAAAGCUCAGAUUGCUCUUAAACUUGGUGUGACUUCUGAUGAUGUAAAGAAUGUCAUUAUCUGGGGAAACCAUUCCUCAACUCAGUAUCCAGAUGUCAGCCAUGCCAAGGUGAAACUGCAUGGAAAGGAAGUUGGUGUUUACGAUGCUCUGAAAGAUGACAGCUGGCUCAAAGGAGAAUUCAUCACAACUGUGCAGCAGCGUGGUGCUGCUGUCAUCAAGGCUCGAAAGCUGUCCAGCGCAAUGUCUGCUGCAAAAGCCAUCUGUGACCAUGUCAGAGACAUCUGGUUUGGAACCCCAGAGGGAGAAUUUGUGUCCAUGGGCAUUAUCUCUGAUGGCAACCCCUAUGGUAUUCCUGAUGAUCUGCUGUACUCAUUCCCUGUUACAAUCAAGAACAAGACCUGGAAGGUUGUUGAAGGUCUCACUAUUAAUGAUUUCUCUCGUGAGAAGAUGGAUCUAACUGCAAAGGAACUGGCAGAAGAAAAAGAAACUGCUUUUGAAUUUCUCUCUUCUGCCUGACUAGACAAUCAUUUUGAUGUUACUAAAAGCUCCAGAGCUGAAGAAUCUAAAUGUCGUCUUUGACUCUCGUAACCAAAUAACAAUAAUGCUAUACUUAAAUUACUUGCGAAAAAACAACACAUUUGAAAGAUUGUGUGCUUCUUGGUAUAAAUUUGUGACAGUUUAUCAUCAUGCUGUUAGUGCUGCAUUCUAAAUAAAAUAUAUAUU